GCGUGGGGAGCGCAGGGAGCGGACGGGAGCGGGCCGGGAGCAGCAGAGAGAUCGGGAUCAGGAUGAGGGUGCGCAGGCUGUGGGUGCUGGUGCUGCUGCUCGGGCUGGUUCAGAUCGCCCUCCUGGCGCGGGGCGCGGCGGCCCAGGAGGAGGAGGACGGAGACGGAGAAUCUGUUACAAAAGAGACCGAUGAUGACAGUGAUGAUGAUGAUGAAGAGGAUGAUGAAGAUGAUGAUGAUUCUGUAGUUAAAGAAGAAAAUGGUGUAUUAGUCUUGAAUGAUGCAAACUUUGACACCUUUACUGCAGACAAGGAUACUGUGCUGCUGGAGUUCUAUGCACCAUGGUGUGGGCAUUGCAAGCAGUUUGCUCCUGAGUAUGAAAAGAUAGCCAAAACUCUGAAGGAAAAUGACCCUCCUAUUCCUGUCGCCAAAAUAGAUGCUACUGCAGCCACUUCACUAGCAAGUCGUUUUGAUGUCAGUGGCUACCCAACCAUCAAAAUCCUGAAAAAAGGCCAGCCUGUUGACUAUGACGGUUCUAGGACGGAAGAUGCAAUUGUGGCCAAAGUGAAGGAGGUUUCUGACCCUAAUUGGACCCCUCCACCCGAAGCUACUCUGGUAUUGACCCAGGAUAAUUUUGACGAUGUCGUGAAUGGUGCUGACAUAAUCCUGGUGGAGUUCUAUGCUCCAUGGUGUGGACACUGCAAAAGGCUUGCUCCAGAAUAUGAGAAGGCUGCCAAGGAGCUCAGCAAGCGCACGCCUCCAAUUCCCUUAGCUAAGGUUGAUGCCACUGCUGAAACUGAGCUUGCUAAGAAGUUUGAUGUUACUGGCUACCCAACUCUCAAAAUCUUCCGCAAGGGCAAACCUUAUGACUACAGUGGGCCACGGGAAAAAUAUGGUAUUGUCGACUACAUGAUUGAACAGGCUGGUCCUCCAUCCAAACAGAUUCAGGCUACCAAGCAGGUACAGGAAUUUCUGAGGGAUGGGGAUGAUGUCAUCAUCAUUGGUGUCUUUAGUGGAGAGAAUGACAAAGCCUAUCAGCUCUAUCAGGAAGCAGCUAAUGGUUUGAGAGAAGAUUAUAAGUUUCAUCACACCUUCAGCAACGAGAUUGCAAAACUACUGAAAGCAUCCCCAGGAAAACUAGUUGUCAUGCAGCCAGAAAAAUUUCAGUCAAAGCAUGAGCCCAAGAUGCAUGUUCUGAAUCUUAAAGAUUCUACAGAUGGGUCAGAGAUUAAAGAGCAUGUGCUAAAACAUGCUUUGCCUCUAGUUGGUCAUCGGAAGCCUUCCAAUGAUGCUAAGAGAUAUGCUAAGCGUCCUCUAGUGGUGGUCUAUUAUUCUGUGGACUUCAGUUUUGACUACCGAGUUGCUACCCAGUACUGGAGAGGCAAAGUCCUGGAAGUGGCCAAAGACUUUCCUGAAUAUGUGUUUGCUGUUUCUGAUGAGGAGGAUUAUUCUUCUGAAAUAAAAGAUUUGGGCCUACUUGAGAGUGGAGAGGAUGUCAAUGUUGCCAUUCUGGAUGAAGGUGGCAAGAAAUAUGCCAUGGAGCCAGAAGAGUUUGACUCUGAUGUACUCAGACAGUUUGUGCUGGCAUUCAAAAAAGGAAAACUGAAGCCAAUUGUGAAGUCCCAGCCAGUGCCAAAAAAUAACAAAGGGCCUGUGAAAGUGGUAGUGGGUAAAACUUUUGAUACCAUAGUAAUGGAUCCAAAGAAUGAUGUUCUCAUAGAGUUCUAUGCUCCAUGGUGUGGACACUGCAAGAAACUUGAACCAGUGUAUACAGAGCUAGGCAAAAAAUACAAGAAUGAGAAAAAUCUAGUUAUAGCCAAGAUGGAUGCUACUGCCAACGACGUGACAAACGACCACUACAAAGUGGAAGGAUUCCCCACCAUCUACUUUGCUCCGAGGGACAAGAAGAACAACCCUAUUAAAUUUGAAGGCGGGGACAGAGAUUUAGAGCAUUUGAGCAAAUUUAUAGAGGAGCAUGCAACAAAACUCUCCAGAACAAAAGAAGAGCUUUAGAUAAGAUGAGGGUGGUGAAGAAAAAUUGUUUGUACGUUGUAGUUAAAAUCAAGUUACUGACAAAACUUCAUGAGAGAAGAGUUAAGCAGUUUGAGCAAAGAGAUUCUUGAGCAGUAAAGUAAUUGCAGUAUCUUUUUUUUUAUAUAUGGCAGAAGAGUUUUUUUCUGGACACUGAACUUAAUACUCUAAUAUGAAUGUCUUGUCUUAGUUAUGGUUUUGAUCUUUGGAGAAAAAUACAUCCUUUAUUUUUUGUGACUA